CACUCUACAUAUUCUCCGCCACCUCCUCCCCACCCUUCACCUCACCAAUAAUCCCACCAUGACCUCAAACACCGCCUCAUCCAAUAACACACCAACGACGACGACAUGAACCACCACCUCCGCAACAAGAGCAAGAACUUGGCCGCCGCGCGCCGCGGGCUAAAGUCGCUGAGCGUGGCCGUGGCCCUGCCCCUCUCCCUCACCCUCCUCGACAUCUUCCUCUUCGGCUCCUCCGCCCGCUACACCAGCCUCCACAAGCCCUUCUACGUGCCCUCUCUGUGGACUCUGCACCUCGCAUGCGUCGCCACCGCCUUCCUCUCCGGCUUGUCGGCGUGGCUGGUGUGGGCCGAGGGCGGCCUCCACCGGCAGCCCGCCGCGCUUGGGCUGUACCUGGCGCAGCUGGCCGCGAGCCUGGCGUGGUACCCGGUCGUGUUCAGGGCGGGCGCCGUCUGGCUCGGGCUGGCGCUGUGCGCGGCCUUGUUUGGGGCGCUGGUUGGGUGUGAGCGGGCCUUCCGGAAUAUGAAUCCCAUCGCCGGGGAUUUGGUCAAGCCCUGCUUAGUGUGGGCGUUGUUGCUCGCCCUAGCUAAUCUUAGGCUUGUGUAUCAAUGAUUAAUUUGGAUGUUGUGUAUCUCCUUUUAUUAGGUUUUGUUAUGUUGUGAUAUGGAUAGAUAGGUAGAUGUAAUACUUGGAUUUAUUGACUCGUAAAAUUCUGGUGCCAUUUUGAUACUCCAUGUUGAAAAUAGGAUAAUAUUAUCCAUUUCCAAUAAUUAUCAAUGGUAAACGGAAUCAUGACUAAAUGAAGCGUUAUAUAUUUUCCAA